UGUAUCUGUGAAAGCGGCGCCUCCCUGACCGAGCUUCAUAUCACAGAGCUGCAUCAGGAGCCCAUGAACGGCACUCAAGGAUUCUAACUUUAUAGAGAAGCUGGAAGCUCUUGGCCCUGACAUGUACAUUUUUCCUGUUAGACGAAACGCUAGUAAAUAUUUAUGAGGUUCCAGGGCUUCAACUAGUUUUUAAUUGUUUGGUUAGUCACCUGUUUGACCAAGUAUUUCCACUUUUUUUCCCAUCACAAUUCUGCUGUUAUAAUAUUACUCCUGGGAUUAAAAGAUGGAAACUGGAGAUGUUCAUCUAAACGAGAGACCAGCGAACGGGACUACGCUUGAUGUUUGUUCUACAGCUUUGCCUUAACAAUACUGGAAUUAUCAAAAUUUGGAUAUUUUCGCAAUGGAAAUGCAAUUUUUAACUGUAUUUUGUUUGCUCGUUUGUUGUGAACUCUCAGUAGUUCUCGCGCGUAGCAAUAACGCGGCAGAUUUAACGUCAAAAAUCGCUUCAUCCUAUAAAGUGCGUGAAAUCAAUACAGACGGGCAUGACCGACGUGUAACUUUAAAUAAAAUCAGUUAUGAAACGGGUAAGAAACCUACAGAUGUGCUUUCAUCGACCAGGACUACGAUCAACUUAACGUCGGUGAAUGGGAGCGAUAACACAACGGUAAGAGCGUCUUCCAGGCAAAAGUACGAAAGAACUUAUCAAAUGGACAAAUAUAGGAAAACAGAAUCAUUUCUGAGGGAAAUGCACGGCGAAAUUCGCGUAAAACGUCGUUAUCGUCGACAGGAAAGAGUGACGGUGCGAAAUGAGCCUGACAGGAAUCAAACCAUCAGAUUGCUUGAGAAUGAAUUUGAGCGUGUCGAGUCGAUGCCGAAGCCUGUAGCGCAGAUACAGCCUACAGACUUUCCCACAGACUUCACGUCUAUCCCUGAAUGGGGCGCCUCACCUGUGGAGGACUAUGAGGAAGUCUUCACCCCGUUCAUUCCCUUUAAUACACGGUCAAAGACUCCAGGGGUGAAGAACCCGUUUUACCCCGUGACAGGUGAAUCGUACGGUGCAUAUGCUGUCAUGUGCAUCUCCAUUCUUAUUUUCACUGUGGGAAUUGUUGGGAAUAUAGCAAUCAUGUGCAUAGUGUGCCACAAUUACUACAUGAGAAGCAUUUCAAACUCCUUGCUGGCCAACCUCGCCCUGUGGGAUUUUGUCGUCCUGUUUUUCUGCUUGCCACUUGUUAUAUUCCAUGAACUCACUAAGGAUUGGCUCCUUGGGGAAUUCUCCUGUAAAAUCAUUCCAUACAUUGAGGUGGCGUCAUUAGGAGUAAGUACCUUCACUCUUUGUGCUUUGUGCAUUGACCGUUUCCGUGCCGCAAGCAACGUCCAGCUGUACUACGAGAUGAUCGAGAACUGCAUCUCUACUGCAGCCAAGCUAACCGUGAUCUGGCUGGGUGCUCUGCUCCUCGCCCUACCUGAGCUCCUCAUCCGGCAGCUGGUGAGAGAGGAGCUCGAGCCUCCAGAGGUGAUACCGUGCGAACAUUGCGUAAUCCGAAUCUCCACGGCUCUCCCAGACACACUUUACGUGCUCGGACUCACCUACAACAGCGCUCGCCUGUGGUGGUACUUCGGCUGCUACUUCUGCCUGCCCACCCUCUUCACCAUCAUCAGCUCGGUGGUGACUGCACGCAAAAUCCGCAAGGCUGAGCGAACCAGCGUCCGAGGCAACCGCAAGCAGAUCCAACUGGAAAGCCAAAUGAACUGCAUCGUGGUUGCUUUGGCUAUCCUGUAUGGCUUUUGCAUCAUUCCGGAGAACAUAAGCAACAUCGUAUCGGUGUACAUGGCUACAGGCGUGCCACGGCGCACGCUGGAUAUCUUGCAUCUGGUGAGUCAGAUGAUGCUGUUCUUCAAGUCCGCGGUUACACCUGUCCUGCUUCUGGUGCUCUGUCGGCCCUUCAGCAAAGCCUUCCUGGACUGCUGCUGCUGCUGUUUUGAGGAGUGCGGCCCACCAAAGUCCUCCGAGCCCAACAGUGAUGACAACGAUCAGGACGGCACCACCGAGCUGGAGCUUUCACCUUACAGCACUGUAGUCCGCAGGGAUCCAUCUACCUUCCCAAUAGCGGGAACGCACUGCUAAGGUUGUGCCUUACCUAAGGGCUAAACAUUACCAAGGGCUUAGAUUUACGGAAUUAAAUAGUUGAGAGAUGUUGUUUUCACAGGCUGUGCAAUUUUGUGCCGUUUCUGUUUUUACUUGACUUUGUUUUGGGAGAGAUGCCCAAAAACUGGAUAUUUUAUCUUGUGAAAAAAGGAACAAAGAGCACAGGCCAUAUGGUUGAUGUUUACAAAAGAAGACGUGUACCAUGAGUAGUUUCUUGGAAGUCUAGAAGGUUUAUAAAUGAACUCGCAUGCAUUUGUUACAUUUGCACUGUUUUCUUACCCCUAUAUCUUUUUUUCCAUUUUAAUUUGGUGUAUUUGUGUUUUUGUUCAAAGUGUCUUUG